AUGGCGAUGAGCCUGUGGAACCCGACGAAGCGCAACUCCGUCGUGCUCGGCCUGCUGUCCCCGCGAGCAAUGCUCACGCGCUGGCCGUCCCAGUGGAUUGGCGGCGCGCUGGCCGACUCGUUCGAGGCGUGCGUCGAUGUCCAGCGCACGGCUCUGCGCGAUGCAGGGCCUGCCGCAUUCGACGUGCUCAUCGGCUCGAGCUGGGGUGGCGCCGUGGCCGCGGCACUCAUCGCGGAGGGUGCAUGGACGGGGCCGGCCGUGAUGCUCUGCCCCGCGCUCAGUGAGCUGCGGCGGCACGGUGCGAUCGAGGCCAUCGUCGAUCAGAUUGCCGCGCUGCCCGCGGAGCGCAAGGCACAGUGCCUGAUCGUCCACGGCGACGCGGAUGAGACCAUCCCC